CGAGCGCGUUUUGCCAAGAACUACGAGGAGCUAUGAUUGCAGAAGUAUUUCUCGUCCUUGCAGGACACGAGUCUUCCUUGUUUCCUGUAGACCACAAGCUACACCCAACUUUUCUCCCUCUUCUUCACCCAGGCGAGCAACAGUGCCUCGAAUCUCUGGGCCAAACCUCGUUUCGGUAUCGGAAGUUGAAGAAAUCAUGCCUUACCCUCUCCCAAUCGCCAUCCCGUUACAUAUGUGCCCUUUGCGCGACACUCAGCCGCGUACUUAAAGACGAGUACGAGAACCUUGUCAUCUCUACAGAAGAAAAGGUCCUCAAGCGCGACGCAAAUUUGGUCGCUAGUGGAUCGUUUGUGCCAUUAUCCUCCGUUCGUGCUAUUUUCUCCGAGUGGGACGCGCCUUUCGCUGCCUUGCUUUCAUUGAUGGAUGAAAUCGAGGCGAUAUCGCAUUGGAAACCAGGACCGCUUAUCGACCUACUCCUGAAGCGAUCGAAGACAGGAGUCAGUAGGAUAGCCAGUAUUCUGUCUCGUCUGUCUCUUGCAGUGCAAAGUGUUUGGAGAACACAACUGACUGGAUUCAUUGUUCAUGGGUCCCUCGCUGCUGUGGAUCCUCUCACGUCAGAUUCUUAUGUCCUUCUAGACGGAUCCGUGCCGGCAUGUGUUUCGCCCCAGUCACGGGAAUCCAUUGCGUAUAUCGGACGCGCCAUAGCAACCGUGAAAACCGCCAAGUGGCGGAAGCAGCUCCCUCGACACUUGGCACAAGAGCAUACGUCUCUUCUUGAACAAGUAUUUCCGGAAGAUCGUCAUGCCUUUGACAUUGUUAUAGCGCAAAUUAGGACAAAUGUUAGCGAGUGGCUGUGGCUGAAUGUUUUGACCCGUAAAGACGUUGAUGAUGCCGUCGAUUCUUUAGCAAAUUACUUCCUCUUACGCAACGGAGAGUUCAGUUUAUCCCUCAUACGAGAGGUUGAACGUAUGAAAAUCUCUCGAUUGACCAUGCAUUCGGGCUCGGUAUCUAUGAUUCGUGAACAAGAUCUGAACCUUGCCUUGUUACGGGCAUCACUUGGAACAACCGCCCAACAUGACCCCUCCCUUUCUCGCCUCAGAUUCUCUAUGCCUGCCGGUCCUCUUCGACCUCUACUACCUUCACUAGGAACUACUACUACUCUUCUGCCAAAACCGACCUCGUCAUCAACGACACACGUUUUCCCUGGCCCCAUAGAUCCUACACUCUUCAAUUCCAGCCUGCUAGGCACACCUCUCGAUCUGACUUAUAUUGUAUCUUGGCCGCUAGACUUAUUUCUUCAUGCAUCCGAUCUUGCUGCAUACGGGACUCUUUUUGCCUAUCUGUCUUCUCUAAGAAAGACUCAUACACGAAUACACACGUGCUGGACCUCUUUAUCAAACUCCCAGCGUGCGAGACGACGUUGGACAGGUCUAGGAGAGGGCGGCACCGUCGAGGACCUGAAGGCCAGGGCAGAGCUCCUAAGAUGUGGGUGGGGAGUUAUUCGUGACAUGGGCUGGUUCUUGGACACUUUCCUGGGUUAUCUCAUGAUGGAUGUCAUUGACGUGGAAUACGGCCGCUUGAAGAAAAUGCUGGGACAGGAGGGUAAUCGAGGAUUGGCAUACUCCUCCAGCUCCAUGCAUUCUCUUGCGACUGCGUCAGGCCCACCGCCGUCAGGCAGUGGCGGCUUGAUUAGUACGGUCAACCAGACUUUAGACUUUACGAGUCUCCGUGCUAUCCAUUCAAUGUAUCUUGAUCGGUUAUUGACGGGGUGCUUGCUUACCAACUCUUCACUAACUGCGAUUCUUCUUCCCAUUUUUGAAGUCUGCGAACGGUUCGUUGCCCAGGUGGAGCGGUGGGGUGGCGACAUUCUUCCCGCGCUCUUAUUCGAAGGUAGUUUGAAAGGAGGAGAGGAGGAGGUUGGUGCGAUGGUGAAGGAACGUCAUCAAGUUGUUUUUGAGAUCAAGGAGAUGUUUCAUGGCUUAUUGGGCUCGUUCUAUGAUCAACUCUCGUUAUCAACGUCGCAACAGCCGUUCACGACUAUGGAUACAUCAAAAUCGAUACUCAUGAACGCGAGUGUUGCUAAUUAUACCAGCUAUAAUGUGUCGAAGAUGGCAAAGGGGUCAGAAGGUGUACCAGCGGACGUUCGACGACACGUUGAAAGGCUAUUGCUCCGUUUAGAUUUCAAUAAUGGCUUCUCAAAUUGUCAUCUAAAGGAGAAGAAGGAAACGGAUAUUCUUGUUCAAGGUGGUCUAGCGUAGAUUAGAUAAAUUUGUUUGUGCGUCCGACAUGGGCAUGGGGCGGAGUAAAAGUGGAAGUCAGCGGCAUUACUCGUGUCUGAACGGCUAUCUGAGGUAAGAUAGAUGUGGCCUAAUGGCUCGUUACUCCGGGCAUUCUCUUCGAUAACUAAUAGAGAGAAUCUCCGA